GGAUUGUGAAAUCGUGCUCGCCUGGAUUCCUAUAGUCAUUCAGGUACCUAUUCCGGGAAAUGAACUUGCGAACCAUACAGCUAAACAGUCCGUAGCAUGUGGGGACAAAAUUCCUUUCAAAAAUUGUGCUUUCUGUGAUGUACCUAUGUAGGUAGACACAUAUAUAUUGUUUUACGUGUGUCACGUACGUCAGUCCGGAAUAAAUCCUCGAACAAGUACAGUGCCUAUUAUUGACGAAACCUAUCCGUAUUCCUAGUCCCUCGGGAUACAUUACAGUGGCGACAGGUAGUGAUAAUUUCGCGUGUGCAGUACAUUUAAAUAAAUUAAAAUGUCGAUCGGCAAGCUACACGAAUUUAACGUCAGCAAUGACGCGUGGUCAUCGUACAUGGAUCGCGUGGAAAUGUACUACAAGGUCAACGCAGUGCAAGACGACAUGAAAGUGCCGGUAUUAAUUGCAGCGAUGGGUGAUGAGGCAUAUGAGCUACUGGAGAACUUGGCCAGUCCUACAAAGCCAGCGGAGCUAACCUUAGAUAAAAUAAAAGAACUAAUGUCACAUCAUUUGCAGCCAACACCGUCGGUUUUAGCCGAAAGAUACCGGUUCCGGCAAAGGCGGCAAAAUGUCGGCGAAAAUGUAGCUACGUAUGUGGCGGAGUUAAAAAGGCUAUCCAAGCAUUGUAAAUUUGGCUCAGAGUUGAACGGUAACCUUAGGGAUCAGUUCAUUUGUGGCUUAAUCAGAUUUGAUUAGGCAGCGGCUUUUUGCGGAGGACGACAACAUAACCUUUGCAGCUGCAGUCAAACUUGCUACAUCAUUGGAGGCUGCAGAGAGGGACGCGGCGAUAGUGGAGCAAGGGAAGGUAACGGGUUCGAGCGGGACGGGAGAUAUGCAGGCCGUUAUGUUUGCGAGUCGGGCGAGAUCGGGCACAUUCAGCGGAGGACAAUCGCGGGCGCCUGUAGUUACGCAACAGCGGCGAAACGUAAAUUCCAAUGGCCGGCAAGAAAGGCACUGCGACGCCUGUGGCGCACGCAGUCAUAAUUACGCGAAUUGCAAGUUCCGGGAUUAUGUGUGCAGCAAGUGUCAGCGUACAGGUCACUUGCGGCGGGUGUGCCCGGACUGGGGCGCGGCUACGGGACCCGCGGGCCGUGGCGGAGCGCGGGCGUCCGGCCGGCGCGGAGGGGCAGCGACGGCGGCGCCGGCGCGGAGUGCCAUGCAUUUUGGGGUGGCCGAUCACGAACCAAGUGAGGAUUACGGCGGAGACAUCGAGGAAGAAUUACAUCACCUAUGUUUAAAUAACUAUCCGGCGAUAUGAGGCGUUGUUCAGCGACGGACUGGGCCGGUACAAGGGCGGCAAGGCGACCUUGAGGGUGCGGGAGGGCGCAGCACCGGUGUUCCAUCGCGCACGCCCGAUGCCCUAUGCGCUGCGCGAGCGCGUGGACGCCG